AAUAGGAAGUUAAAAGUCACCUUCUUUGAAAAUACUGCCAGAGGCAAAGAACUCUAUAUUUCAAAAUUCAACAAGAAGUCUAAACCAACCCAAAAUUGCACAAUGUUUAAGCGCAGCCUAAGCCAUCUGGAUAAGCUGCCCAAAACGCAGGUGGCAGAGUGGCUUGGCGGAAUCGACACCGUCAUCUGCGGCACGGAUGGAGUGUUGUGGCAGGAGAACAACCCCAUUAAGGGAUCCGUGGAGGCCUUCAACACCAUCCAGGCCAAGGGAAAACGCAGCCUGAUAGUUACCAACGCCUGCUGCCUAACACACUCGGAACUGUUCCAAAAGGCCAAGUGCCUGGGCUUCAAGGUUAAGGAGCAGGACAUUCUAAGCUCGGCAGGUGCCGUUUCGAAUUACCUUACAGACCGGAAGUUCAAGAAGAAGUUGCUCGUUCUGGGAGGAGAAGGCAUCCGCAAGGAUGUGCAGAAAGCCGGCUUCUGUGCCGUGGCCAAUGAUCAGAGACCGGAUGACAGGAAUAGAUUGAAGUGGGUCCAGAACCUGGUUCUCGACCCGGACGUGGGUGCUGUUCUGGUGGCGAGAGUCGACGACAUGGAGACGAACCAAAUGCUUGUGGCCUGCAACUACCUCCAGAACCCCAAGGUCUUGUUCCUGACCACCAGCACGGAUGGGUUCCAGACACUGGGCAAGUCACGGGUUCCGGACGCGGGCACUGUGACAGCUGCCAUCGAGGUGAUCGUGCAUCGGAAGCCGACCGUCCUGGGAAAACCGAAUCCCCGAAUUUUGGGCAAGCUGAUCGAAUCGGGCGAUAUUAAACCGGAAAAGACACUAAUGAUAGGAAACUCGUUGAAGUCGGAUAUUGUAUUUGCCAACAUCUGUGGUUUCCAAUCUUUAUUAGUAGGAUGCGAAAAUGGAGCUUUUGAUGAAGCAGAAAAAGUUAAAAAAGAAGGUGAUGAAAAGAUGAUGAAACUUGUACCAGAUACAUUUUUGGCUAGUUUCGCUCCUUUCCUGGACUUUCUGUGCACCGAGGUGAAGGCUGGAAACGAAAAGGACAAGAAAACUCAAGAGCACAAGGGCGGUUCAGUCAAACAGCAGAUAAAGUGAUUCAGGAAUGAGAAGGUAUUGCAACUAUCAAUCGGUGGUAGUCUUUGGCUCAAAUUACUUGUAUUUUAUUACAUUGAUGUACUGCGUUUUUAUAAAGUAAAGUUGUGACGUAAAAUUCAUAAAAUUGAGUAAGUAAAUGCACUAUCUUAAAAACUGUGAA